CGUGUAAUGUUUUUGUUUUGGAUUUCGUGGAGGUUUGAAUUUCAUGCAAUUUUCGUGCAAAUCUUCAAAAUAAAGAAAGACGGAUCGUGCAAAGUGCAAACGAAACUGUGUACCGUGUGUGUGAUGAACGCGUUUGGCCAAUAAGUGUGCGCGAUACGGUUACAACGGUAAUGCCAAUCCAUCCUGCCUGCCGGCAUUUGUCCCGUACCGUGCUUACGUGUUUGUUUCGUAGUGACCGCAGAGAAAGAACAAAACAUUACUAGCCACCGGAAUGUCGUGGUUAAAGCUGAACGACAGCCUGAACAAGGUUAAGGGAUCCAUCACCUCCUUUACGCAGGAAGUCUUUGCGGAAGGAAUCAUCGGCGAGGAUGAGGCAGACGAGAAUCCUGCCCGAGAGCUAAGUGUCGCUCGUGAAAAAAUCGACCAGCUUACCGACCUGUGCGCAACACAAGACCAAGAGAUUGCAACACUUCGCAAGCAGAUUGUGGAGUUUCAACAGUUACAGCUGCCAUCGUCAUCCGGGACGCAACAGCCGGGACCGUCAGCCAAACCAUCUUCGGGCGAGUCGAAACCUUCCGGGAGUCUCGGACCGGAACAGCAUGUGGGAAGCAGCAUCACCACCACGACCGUCACCAGCACGCUGGAGGACAGCUGGUUCUGGGACCCGGACAACAACAUCUCGUCUACAUCGUCCUCCUCUAAGAAGGACGACAACGAAUCGCCCUCCUCCGGGCCGACCGACCUGACGACGAUUCCGCUCGAAGCGCCCGCCAGCGAAAGCGACAUCAUCGAGCGGCUGCAGCGCCAGCUGAACGAGAAGCUACAGCAGCUCAAGAAGCAGCAGCUCGAGAACGCCCUGCUGAACGAGAAGCUGGGCCAGGUGAGCGGCGAAAACCGCGAGCUGAACGAAAAUAUCGAAGAGCUCGACCGCCAGCACGAGGUGGUGCUGGAAAAUCUGGUCGCCAGCAAGCGCGACCUGCAGGCCCAGUGCGGCCGGCUCGAGGCGGAGCUGAAAGCAAAGGCGACCGAAUCGGAGACCGCACUGCAGCAGUUGCAGGUACGCUUCGAACGGCUGGAACAAACGCACGCCCAAACCUGCCAGGACAACGAGAAGCUGCGCACCGAAACGGCCAAGCUGACGGCGGAGCUCGAGCGAAUCGUGUGCGAAAAUGUGGAAGCCGUGGCAGCGCUCGAAAGGCAGCUGCAGGAGCAGCGAGACGAACGGGCGACAGCGGACGAGCUGUGCCAGACGCUGCGGGCGGAAAUUGAAGAGCUGCGCCAGCGGACCGCCGACGAGGCGGCCGAGUUCGUUGUGGCCGUACCGACGCCGGAGCAACCGGCACCGAGCGCCGAGCUGGUGGCCGAGCUGGAGCAGCUGCGCCAAGCGCUGGAGGACGUGCGCACCGAGCGGGACAAUUUGCAGAAGCUGACCGCCGAGCUCGAUCGGUCGGAGCACAUCGGCCAGCUGGAGCGCGAAAUCGGCGAGCUGCAGAACGAGCUGCGCAGCGUGAUCAUCGACAACUCGGUGCAGCUGGAAGGGAAGGCGAAGGAGUACGACGAAAAGCUGGCCACCUUGCGGCAGGAAAAUCAAACGCUGCGCGAGUCGUUAGCGAACGAGCAAACGGCCAAACAGAGUGAGCCCGGGCCGGAUGGGCGGGUGGGCGAAAUCAUACGCCAGUUCUUCGACCUGGACCUGACCGAACCGGAUCGGCUGGCCGAACGGCUGCAGGCGACGCGCGAUCUAGACGCGAAGCUGGCCGCGCUGGAAAGGAAACUGAUCGACGCGGGCAAGGAGAUCAACUUCCUGAAGGCGGAAAAUUCGCGCAUCCAGCACGACAAGGACACGCUCACGGCGGACCUGAUGCAGUACGAGAAGGAGUGUGCCAGCCUGAUGAAGAACAACGACCGGCUGCUGGAGGAGCUGGAAAACGUCAAGUGCAACAAGCUGGAAACGAUCAACGAGAACGCGGAGGACAGCAUCGUGGUGCUGGAGAAGCAGCUAGACGAUGCGCACCGGCUGAACCGCACGCUCGAGGAGGAGUACCGCGAGGCGCACCGCAAGCUGGAGGAAGUGCUGGAGGAGAAGGAGGAGCUGCUGACGAGCGUGUCGACGCUGGAGAGCAGCGAAAGCGAGGGCAAGGCGCGAACGCUCGCCCUGGAACGCUCCCUGGCGGAGGUGCGCAAGGAACGCGACGAGCUGGCGGAGCGGCUGCAGCAGCUGCGGGACGCCGGGGGACAGGAAGCGGAACAGCUGCGCACCGAGCUAACCAGCAUGCAGGGCCAGCUAACGACAAUCAACGAGGAUCACGCCAGCCUGGUGCGCAAACUGCAGCAACUGCAGCACACCUCGUCCGAGAACGUUCGCACCUGGGAGGGAAAGUUGAACGAGAUGCGCCAGCUGCUCGAGGCGAGGGAGUCCGAGCUGGAGCAGGCACGCGAAUCGACGGCAGCCGCCGAGCAGCAGCAACAGCUAGCGGCAGAAAGCGAGCGCUAUCGGGCCGAGCUGGAGCAGCAGCGGGAAGCGCUGGAAAGCCUUACGCAGCAGAAGGAAAACCUCGUCCAGCUCGUCACCACCAAGCACAACGAAAGCGUGCAGUAUCAUGCGGAAAUUCAGCGGCUCAACCAGCUGCUGCAGGCGGAAUCCGAGCGGGCAGCGCCCGCCUGCCCCGACUGUCCGGCGCUGCGCGAAAAGCUGCACGAGCACGAGCGGCUCACCGAUCAGAUACAGUUUUUGCGCGAAAAGUCCGACAUCCUUACCGCCAACCUGAUGACCGAGCAGAGCAACCAGCGGCUGGCGCUGCAGGAGAAGCAGUUGCUGGUCGAGCAGCGGGACGGGCUGCAGCGCGACCUCGAGCGGUUGCGGCAGCAUCUGCUCGAGAUAGAGGAAGCGCACACGCAGGAAACGGUCGAGCUGCAGCGCCGGUACGACGACACCCGCCAGCAGCUGGCGUCGCUCGAGCGGGAGGUGAAGCAGUCGACCAACGCGCUCACGUCCGCCAGCAUCCGGGCGAACCAGCAGGCCGAAACGCUGCAGGCCCAGUACCAGCUGCUGCUGCAGCAGCGGGACGAGCUGGGCGCCCGGCUGAGCGCGGCGGACGAUCGAGACCAGAAGAAUCAGGCCGCCCUCACCAACCUGCAGUGCGCGCUGGAACAGUUCCAGAUGAAUCGCGAACGCGACAUCGAGCUGGCGACGGGCAGUAUUCGCAGCGAGCUGGAGCAAGCGCGAACCCGCGAGGAGGCGCUUAAAGACACGCUCAAGCAGGUGCAGCAGCAGCUGGCCGAUGCUAAGACGGGCCUGCUGGCAGCGGCACGCAUUUCCGACCAGCUGGAGAUCUCGCAAGUGACGGUCGCGUCACUGAAAGCGGAAUUGGCCAAGCGCGACGAGCGGUAUGCGGCACUCCAGCAGCGACUCCAGGAAACGGAAGCAAGCCAGGCGGACAAGGUGGAAAAGACGCUGGUGAAAAACCUGGUCAUUGGGUACGCGGUGGCACCGAAUGCAUCCGAUCGGCAGCAGAUCAUGAAGCUGAUCUCGUCCGUGCUGACGAUGGACCAGAACGAAUGUACGAAGGUGGGCCUGCAUCACAGGGGUACGGUGGGCGGUACGGGCGGAUGGCUGAACAGUAUACUCGGUGGAGGCGGAAGUGGAGAAGCAGGAGCUAACUACAACAAAGAAUCCCUUACCGAGGCAUUCGUGAAGUUCCUCGAGAAAGAGUCGGCCCCGCGUGCCACCGCAAGCUCUAGUCUACUGAACAUAGUCACGUCACCUGCAGCCGCAACCGGAACGACAUCCAUCGUUGGCGAACAGCAACAUCAGCAGCAGCAGCAGCAGCAGUCGAUGGAAACAUCAACCACCACGGUCACAUCGGUCGGUAGCAAUCUGAUCACUGCACCACCCGCAGCAUCUUCCGUACAGCCGAUCUUGGUGCCGGAAGCGGCGAUGAUGAUGAUGCAGCAGCCCGGAUUUGCGCCACCACGCAGUUCCAGCUCGAUACUGAAGGACAUACUGAGCGAUUCCUGAUAUAGCUACGGUGAUCCGUUACUCUUUUAAGCAGUCAAGUGCGUCACAGGAAAGAUGUAUAUAUUCUUAUUCCAUCUUCAUCCCGCGUCUGGACGGCGCGGGGCUGCAUGCUGGUUAAGUGACAAGUUUAGCAAAUUCCUUAUAAUGAACAUGCAGAACACACAAACGCAAUAUAAAGGACCUAUUAUCUUAUCUUAUUUGACCUAA